AUCUGAUGCUUUUCUUAAGGAAGGAAUAUAAAUCCGCAAGAUGGGAGGUAACAGCACAAACAGUACAAGAGCAAAGUGGACUGACAUUCAAAUGCCAUUUCAAGAUACCCUGUAUGCAACCACCUACAUCCUCAUAUUCAUCCCUGGUCUUCUGGCUAACAGUGCAGCCUUGUGGGUUCUGUGCCGCUUCAUCAGCAAGAAAAAUAAAGCCAUCAUUUUCAUGAUCAACCUCUCUGUGGCUGACCUAGCUCAUGUGCUCUCCUUACCCCUCCGGAUUUACUACUACAUCAGCCACCAGUGGCCUUUCCAGAGGACCCUUUGCCUGCUGUGCUUCUACCUGAAAUAUCUCAACAUGUACGCCAGCAUUUGCUUCCUGACCUGCAUCAGCCUUCAGAGGUGCUUCUUUCUCCUCAAGCCAUUCAGGGCCAGAGUCUGGAAGCGUAGGUAUGAUGUGGGCAUCAGUGCUGUCAUCUGGGUCAUUGUAGGCACUGCCUGUUUGCCACUUCCAAUUCUGAGAAGUACUGGCUUAGCCAACAAUACUGAAUCCUGUUUUGCUGAUUUAGGGCUUCAACCCAUUAGCAUGGCUUCUUCCAUUGGCAUGGUAACUGUAGCUGAACUUGGAGGAUUUAUAUUACCUGUUAUUAUUAUUACUUAUUGUACAUGGAAAACCAGAAAAUCUUUAUGGGAAUUCCAAGUUCCUCCUCAGAAUACCAAAGAGAGAAAAAAAGCUUUGUGGAUGGUCCUGAUGUGUGCAGUAGUGUUCAUUGUGUGCUUUGCCCCUUACCACCUCAACUUCCCACUUUUUAUGAUGGUGAAGCAACAUGUAUUUUCAAACUGCUCCUUUAUCAAGAGUAUUCUAUGUUUCCAUAUAAUUUCCUUGUGUCUUGCAAAUCUGAAUUGCUGUCUUGAUCCAAUUGUAUAUUAUUUUAUGACUUCAGAAUUUCGUGAUAGGUUUUCAAAACAUGAUGCUGUUUUUAAGUCAUGUGUGAGAUGCAAUGACAGUGUUUUGGAGAUUCAUCACAAGGAGAAAGAUCUUCAAAUUAUCUCCCUCUAAUUUUUGGAUGAUUCCAAGACAACAUAAUCAAACAAUUAGCAAGAAUGAUCUAUAUGCUCUGUCAGCUUAGCUAUGUCACCUUGAAUAUUUUUUUCUAAAAUGAUGUUGACUGCCUUAACAAAACAUGCACCCCUUUAUUCUCAAAAUUACUCUUUUGAAGGAACUACUCAUGUCUAUAUGUUCUGUCCAAACAGAAACAAAUU